AUGGUGUGGGUGCUGAAGAACCUGAGGUUCUGGGGGCUCGCGCUGCUGCUGGUGGGGGCCUAUGUGGCGCUGUCCGUCGGCGAGCUCUGCCGCCACUACGGGCUCUGGCCCGCGAGGGCGCGCAUGCUCGCGAGCGACUUCGUCAACCUGGCGCGCUUCGCCGAGGUCGCCCUGUUUCCGAGCAUCGCGGCCCUGUGCGAGGAGAUGAGCGAGCAGCGGCGCCACGUGUACGUGGACAACGACGCGGGCGAGGAGGUGCAGGCCCGCAGAAACCUGGCGCUGGGCAAAAUCCGCACCGAGGACUUCCAGAAGAUGGAGCUCGCGGACCGCACGGAAUUCGACGGCGUCUCGGACCAGGAGCAUGUCCACCUGCUGACGCAGCUGGGCCUCAAGGUCCUCACGGGCGUGAUCCUCCAGCUCUGGGUGCAGGCGUCCUUCUACGAGCUCGGCUUCGACGCCGCGGGGGAGGCGGCCAGGCACGAGGUCGUCGCCGGCAUGCUGAUCUCGGCGGUCCUAGUCUUCGCCACGGCGCUGCGCUUCUGCGACGUGGCCUCAAAGCUGGGCUGCGUCGGCGUAUCGCUGUUCUUGGUGUGCGCGCUUGUCGUCGUCUGGUCCGCUGCCAAGGUGUACUUUGCCUAUGUGUGCAGCGACCACCUGUGGAAUUUGUCGACUGGGUGCGACUUCGAGUUCGACCGCCGUCGCGAGUGA